AUGCCGGCUACCAAGUCCGUUCUCGCCGUGCUGGCGGCGUUGCUGUCGACCACAGUAGCCCAGACAAAGACUAGCGAUACGGACUACAAUGUCAACCCAGAACCACCCCUUGAUCCGCUUGCUACGGCCACUAUUGAGCUAUCCCUCCCCGACUGCGAGAAUGGACCGCUGAGCGAAGCUUUGGUAUGCAACACUUCAGCCAACUCUUAUGACCGAGCUGCCUCUCUCGUUUCCCUCUUCACGUUUGACGAGCUCGUCAAUAACUCCGGCAAUACGGGCGGUGGUGCUCCAAGACUUGGUUUGCCCAAAUACCAAGUCUGGUAUGAGUCGCUCCAUGGCUUGGCUCACACCAACUUCACCUCGGAAGGGGAUUGGAGCUGGGGAACGUCGUUUCCAAUGCCGAUCUUGACCAUGUCUGCGUUGAACCGGACCUUGAUCAACCAAAUCGGAUCCAUCAUCUCAACUCAGGCUCGUGCGUUCAACAAUAUCGGACGGUUCAGCUUGAAUACAUACUCCCCGAACAUCAACACCUUCCGACACCCGGUGUGGGGCCGUGGUCAAGAAACACCCGGGGAGGAUGCGUACAUCUUGGCGUCUACCUACGCGUACGAAUAUAUCACCGGCAUUCAAGGCGGCUUGGAUCCUGAACACGUUAAGGUGAUCGCAAAUGCUAAGCACUACGGCGGCUACGACAUCGAGAACUGGGAUGACCAUUCGCGUCUUGGAAACGACAUGAUCAUCACUCAACAGGACCUUUCAGAGUACUAUAUGCCCCAGUUCCUUGUUGCCUCGAGAGAUGCCAAGGUCAAGAGUUUUAUGUGCUCGUAUAAUGCGGUAAACGGGGUUCCCAGUUGCUCCAACUCGUUCUUCCUUCAAACUCUUUUGCGCGACACGUUCAACUUCGUCGAACACGGUUUCGUAUCGGGUGAUUGCGGAGCGGUGGGAAAUGUUUUUGAUCCUCAUGAGUAUGCUGCAAACUAUACGAGCGCUGCAGCUGACUCCAUUCGGGCCGGAACUGACAUCGACUGCGGCACAACGUACCAAUACUACUUUAACGGAUCAUUUGACGAGGGAUUGGUAUCCCGUGAAGACAUUGAGAGGGGCGUAAGACGUCUAUACACCAACCUUAUACAAGCCGGCUACUUUGACGGCAACGAGAGCGAGUACCGCGACCUGGACUGGAACGAUGUUGUGACAACCGACACUUGGAACAUUGCCUACGAGGCCGCUGUGGAGGGUACCGUUCUGUUAAAGAACGACGGAACCCUUCCUCUCUCCAACUCGACCCGUAGUGUGGCGCUGAUCGGAGGAUGGGCCAAUGCAACCUGGCAGAUGCUAGGGAACUAUUAUGGAAAGGCUCCAUACCUCACCAGUCUGCUGGGAGCUUUCCAGGAUUCGAGCCUCACGGUCAACUAUGUGCUUGGCACCAACAUCACUACCGAGACCAAAGACGGAUUCCAGGAUGCUCUCGACGCAGCUAAGAAGUCCGACACCAUCAUCUUCGCAGGAGGAAUCGACAACACCCUCGAAGCAGAAGCCAUGGACCGAAUGAACAUCACCUGGCCCGGCAACCAGCUAGACCUCAUCAACGAACUAAGCCAAUUAGGCAAACCCCUCAUCGUCCUCCAAAUGGGCGGCGGCCAAGUCGACUCCUCAUCUCUCAAAUCGAACAAAAACGUCAACUCUCUGAUCUGGGGCGGCUACCCCGGCCAAUCCGGCGGCCCAGCAUUACGCGACAUCAUCACCGGCAAACGCGCCCCAGCAGGCCGUCUCGUCGUCACCCAAUACCCGGCAGAAUAUGCAACAAGCUUCCCAGCAAUCGACAUGAACCUGCGGCCCAACGGCAGCAACCCAGGCCAAACAUACAUGUGGUACACAGGCACACCAGUCUACGAAUUCGGCCACGGUCUUUUCUACACUAACUUCAGCGCCUCUUCAUCAAACAGAGCGGCAACGACAAAUAACUACAACAUCGACGACCUCCUAUCCCAGCCGCACCCGGGCUACGAACGCGUCGAGCAAACGCCCUUCCUCAACUUCACAGCUAGAAUCGCCAACACGGGGCGCACGGCAUCAGACUACACAGCCAUGCUCUUUGCCAAUACCACCGCCGGGCCGGAGCCGUAUCCGAAUAAAUGGCUUGUCGGGUUUGAUAGACUGCCUAGUCUGACGCCGCGGUCGUCUAAGACAUUGACUAUACCCGUGACUAUUGAUAGUGUUGCCCGUACGGAUGAGCUUGGGAAUCGGAUGCUGUAUCCUGGGAAAUAUGAGAUGGCGUUGAAUAAUGAGCGGGAUGUUGUUGUUAAAUUUACGUUGACAGGUGAGGAGAGGACGAUUGCGAAGUGGCCGAAGGAUCAGCAGCAGAUUUCUCCUGCGUAG